AUGACUUCGAACCAGUCGCAAACUUCGUUAUUGAAUGCCAUUCUCAAAACUCUUUCGCAUCUCUCUGAGGUAAAAGCCUCUCAACAAGACAAUCAGGUGCCAACUCAUCUGCCGAACUAUCCCCAACAUGCAUCUCAUAAUGGCAUUCAAGCUCUCCCUAUAUCAGAUCGGGAUAGGGCUCGCUCAGUCUUCCUAACCCUCCACGCGCUAUUCCCUCAUGAACUCCUUCCCGCUCUUGAUCUUCUGGACCGAGGUCUGGUUACAAAACUCGUGGUGGAGCUGGCGGCGUUAAGGAUAGACGAUCAAGGCAUGGCCAAAGGGAGAGGUUCUGUGGACGAAGAUCGCUCCGUGCUCGAAUGCUCUGACCUGCAACUUCAACUUCAAUCGAACGGAAAAAGUUGGGGAACCUUUUAUAUCCAAUCAUCAUCCACUACGGACAGGCCUACGUCGACAAGACAAUUCCAUUCUCGCCGCGGAAACACCAGCACGACAGGCCCGAUCUACGAAGUCAGUCUCGAUAGUUGGAAUUGUACUUGCCCAGCGUUCAGCGUGAGCGUGUUUCAGAGCUUAAAUCUGCGAUUUAAUCAAGACUUUGGAGCAAACGAAGAUGAUGUUGUUGGUCGAGUCGGCGACUCCAAAAGGAAAAUGAAAGAUGAUUGGAAAUUCGGCGGCACCGCCACCAUCAAGAUGGGCAGAGUACCGAGCUGCAAACACCUUAUGGCGGCAACCCUCGCGAAAGUUGCUCCGAGUCUGUUUACGGACGGCGUGAAGGAGACCAUCGUCUCGAGGGAAGAGGUGGUGGCAUGGGGCGGGGGAUGGGGAGAGCAUGUAAGCCCUUGA